ACACCACUCAACACUCACUCUUAGAAGUGUCACCAUCCACUCUAGAAGGGGUGGGUGGUUGUCGUCCACUUUAGAAGACAGUCAUGCUACGUUUGGUAAUAGUCCAACUUGGUAGGUUAAUAUUUGUGGUAAUAAUUGUGUUGUUGAAUCAUCAUCCCAUGCGAGAAAACAUUGGGACGAGUUGUUGGAAUUCAAGUUCAGGCCAGACGGAAAGCUCCGAUAUGCCCAUUACUCCCACUACCAAAAUGGACACCAUGAUUCGCAAACAGCUUGAUGGUGAUGAAGAAGAGCAUUGCUCGUAUGCAAUGCAACUGGUGAACUCUGCUUCGCUGCCUAUGGUGCUGAAUGCAGCCAUAGAGCUUGGCUUGCUGGAGAUCAUAGCCAAAGCAGGGCCUGGGGCGCACCUCUCCCCGAUAGAGAUUUCAUCCCAGAUACCUACUACUAACGCGGAGGCACCUACCAUGCUGGACCGGAUCCUCCAGUUCCUGGCCAGUUACUCUGUGCUGACUUGCUCCGUCAGCGAUUGUGAUGGCCAUCCCCAAAGAAUGUAUGGAUUGGCACCUGUUGCCAAAUACUUUGUCAGGAAUGAAGAUGGUGCAUCAUUAGGCCCCUUGUUGGCUUUGGUCCAGGACAAGGUCUUCAUAGACAGCUGGUACGAACUAAAAAGUGCAGUUCUAGAAGGAGGCAUUCCUUUUAACAAAGUGCACGGGGCGCAUGCAUUUGAGUACCCUGGCAGGGAUCCCAGGUUCAAUGAGGUGUUCAAUAAGGCAAUGAAGAACCAAACAACUAUAGUCAUGAAGAAAAUCCUAGAGUCCUACAAGGGUUUUGAGCUCAUUAGAAAGCUUGUUGAUGUUGGUGGUGGUCUCGGAGUUUCCCUCAACAUGAUUACAUCCAAAUACCCUGCUAUCAAGGGUAUUAAUUUCGACUUGCCACAUGUUAUACAACAUGCAGCAUCGUAUCCUGGCAUUGAACAUCUUGGGGGAGAUAUGUUUGAAAGUGUACCAGAAGGAGAUGUGAUUUUUAUGAAGUGGAUACUUCAUGAUUGGAGUGACGAUGACUGCUUGAAGUUGCUAAAGAACUGCUAUAAAGCUGUACCAGACAAUGGGAAGGUAAUUGUGGUGGAGGGAAUUCUUCCAGUGCUACCUGAUACUAGUUCUGCUGUGAUAAGCAUGUGUGAACUUGAUGUGGUAAUGAUGACUGUAAACCCGGGAGGAAAGGAGCGGACGCAACAGGAGUUCCUCACCUUGGCAACUGGGGCUGGAUUUGCUGGCAUUAGAAUGGAUUGUUUCACCUGCAACUUCUGGGUCAUGGAAUUCUACAAGUAGACAGUUUAUUAUAUAAGGCUGAAAGCUUGGCCAAUUUAUGUUUUAAGUGUGUGAGAGCUUGAUAUACAUUGUUGGACCCAUCCAUUUGUUGCUUAAUCAAAUGGGGCAAAGUGGGGUUCUAAUAUUGUAUUAGGCUUUGAUUUGGAAGGUCUUGGAUUCAAGUCUCUCCUUGUGUACUUGUUUGUUUCCUUUUUCAGUCUGUUUGUGCAAGUUGACACACUGCUUUUUGAGCAUGUCUUCUUACCUUGUUGUAACCAGUAAUAUCAAAUAAAUAUGUUGCAUUUGCAAUUAUCAGAUAAUGAAAUUCUGAAAGUUGAAGAAAUAAA